AUGCCGAAGAAGUCAAAUAAGAUGUGGGGCAACGGCCGCAACAACCGAGGAAACGAAGUAGAUAAGAGCUACUUCGGUCAUGAUAAUCGAGUAGGAAGACAUGAGAGGGAUGGAAGACCCCAGGGUCAAAUCAAGCACCGUGUGUCAUUUAAGACUAAUACGCCUAACAACUUGGCUCGUAAUUUGACGUUUGUUAAUUUGGGUGACGACAUUUCGAUGACUCCGAAUAACAAUUCGAGACAAGGAGGUCGGUCAGGUCCUAGACGACUUCCUCCUUUAAGAGAAUCCAAUUGGUAUAGAGUUAGUAUACCAUGUGGUCAGAAGUACGAAAGGGAUUUUAUUAUAAAUACCCUUUUGAAUUACAUUGCGCCCAAUGUAUUUGUACCCAUAGUGUACAAGACAUCUGCUACUGAUGCCAGUUUCUAUGUAGACGAUUAUAAGACGGCAGUUGCAUUGCAAAACUGUCAUUAUAAGAUCACAAUGAGUGACGGAUUUAAAUUGAAAGUGAAAGUGAAACCAGGAUUUCCAGUUUAUCAUAUUGAUGAUAAAUUGAAGGAAAGAUUAAAACAAGCAAUGGUUAAGAGAUAUGUACAAAAUACCAAUGCUUUGAAUUUGUCCAAGUUCUAUCUUGAUCCUGAUCUUUGCUCUGAUUACUUUUGUGCAUUGGUCCAUCCGGUUAUGAUGACGACUGUGUUGGACAUUGUAGCGGAACACAUACCGAACUUAAAAGCUUUGAACUUAGAAGGAAAUAAGUUGCAGAAUAUUGAGAGACUUAGUAUACUGACAAAGAAAUUCUCAAAAUUGAAAAUUUUAUAUAUUGGUGAUAAUAAGAUCAGAGACAUUCAUCAGUUAGAUGCUAUUAAGGAUUUAAAACUGGAGGAAUUGAAGUUAACUGGAAAUCCUGUCUGUAAUAAGUAUAAAUAUCGACAAAAUGAGUAUGUUAGGUUAAAUGGACAUUAUUUAGAAAAUCGAAAUUUACUUAGAGUAAAUGACACGAUUAGAAGACAGAAAUUUUUGAAACAGGGUAGAUUACCUGUAGUUUCUUUUAUAUCAGAAAUGCCGCGUACAAGGCAUUUACUGAAUACUUUUACUAUGGACUCUCUUAUUACACGAACAAUGAUGUCCAUUACAAUAACGGGUUACUUCCAACAACUCAAUAUCAAGGAAGAGCCCAUCCACUAUUUCAACCGCACCUUCAGAAUUGUUCCGGAAGGUGAAGGAUAUUGCAUACGAAAUGAGCAGUUGCAUAUUAGUCAACCAUCUGAGGUGCAGUUAAAUGAAUUGCACCAGCAACUGAAUCAGUUAAAUGCUCAGCAAACUCAAUCAGAAAUGGAGACUCAAUCAGAAAUGGAGACUCAAUCAGAAAUGGAGACUCAAUCAGAAAUGGAGCUGAAGAAGCAAAUGGCAUUAACGUUGAGUCAACCGACAAAUAUGAAUUUGGAAUGGAGCUUGAAAUGUUUACGAGAAACGCAGUGGAUAUACGACAACGCAUUUGCUGCCUUCCAAGAGUUUUUCAAACUUGGACAGAUACCAUCAGAAGCGUUUGCAAAGUAA